GUUUAUGUCUAUCCGCUCUCUCUGCUCUGUCAAUUCAUCUGUCUGAGAAUUCUCUCCAGCCCUAGCUAUCUGUAAGUUUUUCAUCGAUGAGGAAACCUUGCUGUGAGAAGAAGACGACCAAUAAGGGAGCAUGGUCGAAGCAAGAAGAUGAGAAGCUCACUCAAUACAUUCAAAAACACGGCGAAGGAAGCUGGCGCUCUCUUCCCGUCGCUGCAGGGUUGCUCCGUUGUGGAAAGAGUUGCAGACUGAGGUGGGUAAAUUAUCUAAGGCCAGACCUGAAACGUGGCAACUUUGGUGAAGAUGAAGAGGACCUCAUCAUCAAGCUCCAUGCACUUCUAGGGAACAGGUGGUCGCUAAUUGCUGGAAGAUUGCCCGGCCGGACCGACAAUGAAGUGAAGAAUUACUGGAAUACUCAUCUAAGGAGAAAGCUCAUGCAUUUGGGAAUUGACCCCAACAACCAUCGCAUAGGACACAAUAUUUGCCUCAACAAGCAGGUUAAUCAUCCAUGUAAAUCAGCAAACUCACAAGCAAAUAACGAUGAUGCAGACGAUUCCGAUGAUCCAUUGCUGGAUUCCACAAGUUCCGGCCCCGAAAGCAACAUAAGUUGUUCUUUGCCUGACUUGAAUCUUGAUCUCACAAUUGGCCUUCCAUGGUCCCUGUAAUUCUUAAUCAGUUACUGCAGUUUAAGGACUAAUUGUUAUAGCUAUUACCUAUUAGCUAGUUAAUUAGGUAGUUACAAGAAAAACUUAAUAUGCUGACCUUUGGCAUUAAUAUUAAUAGUUCAAUU